AUGGAUAAGGAACUUAUCCCACCAGGUAUGUCAAAUUCUGAUAUAUUUUGCAUGCAAAGAAUGAUGGAUAUGUUCAUAAACGAAAAUCGUCGACGUGACGAAUUGUUCGUCCAAAUUAUUGAACGUUUUACACCGCAAAAUGCAGACUCAAAUCAGGGACUACCGAUCGCAAAUACAGCUGCAAGUGUACAUGUAAUUCCGGAUAUAUCAAGAGUUAUCAGCUCCUUUGAUGGUGACCGCGAUAUCCCCAAUGCAGAGCGAUGGUUACUUGCAGUUGAGACAAGUGCUAAGUUAAACAACUGGCCAGAUAAUUUCACUGUGGAGACGGCGCGAGCACAUUUAAAGGGGGCUGCAAUUCAUUGGUUCGAGGCAAAAAUUGAAUUAAUUCAUACUUGGGAUGAAUUUAAAUUGCAAUUCAAGCAAACAUUUGUUGUUACUGAAGGUUUAGCGGAGAGAUGGGACCGCAUGCGUGCUAGAAAGCAGCAAAGAACGGAAAGUGUAAUCUCAUACUUUUACGAAAAGGUUGGGUUAUGUAACAAACUGCAGCUACAGUUGGCGGAGAUUAAGGAUGAAGUUCUGAGCGGAUUAUAUUCAAAAUCGAUCGCAUCAAACCUUAGUGUAAAGCGCUAUUUUGACUUAGAUAGCCUGUUGAAAGAUAUUUUGGUGAUUGAACGUGUGAAAGGUACUAGAUCAGACGAGCUGGAGUCGUAUCGAGUAAGAGCCAGUGGUAACGUUCGGAGCACUUCGAAGGGAUGCUUCACUUGUGGAUUGAGCGGGCAUAUAGCUAGUCAAUGUAGACGGGAAAAAUUAGUUUGCUUCGAGUGUCAGCAGCCUGGUCAUUAUUCGAGCAGUUGCCCCAACGGGGGAAAACAACGAGAUACACGUUCUCGUCCUCAACAAAACGACGUGGGUGGUCGAAGCUCUCAGCGAGACAAUACUAUCAGGAAAAGGGUGAAUGUAAUAAGUAAGAAUAUGCAGCGAAGUACCGACGUGACAAAGGAUGCAGGUGAAAAACUUACAAGGUGCAUCGUCUUGAAUGACAACAGUAAACGGUUUCAUUCCGAGAUGCAACCGUUAUACGGAUUUGGGAAUGAGAAGCCAGUACUGUACUGCAUAGGAAAGAUUCACGCAAAGAUCACCAUCGAUAACGUCAGCGGAGAAGCAGUGGAAUUUAGUUACGUACAAGUGAAGUUAGUUACGUACAGUGUUAAUAUACACUGUGUUGCAUACAUUCAAACAGCGUAUGUGAAGAAGGGCAACCGAUUUGUUUUUGGAUAUGCGUUUGCAGAGCCGUUCAAGGAUUUAGAUGUGAGAAGUAUUACUAGGGCGAACCUAAAGAUCUCAAUGGAAGAUAUCAUACCACCAUAUGCGAGAAAAACCAUGGGGUUUUGUUGUGCCACAACGGAGGGGAAAAAGGCGCAAAUAUUCAGGGUCUAUAACGCCUGCGAUAAAGAAAUACAUUGUAAGCGGGGGCAGAUUAUUCCGAGUAGUAACAUUAGAGACCAUCGAUUAAUUCGUAAGCUGCCAAUCACCCAAGACAUGCUGAAUGUCGAUCCUGAAAUAUCCGUAGAUCAGCGAAACGAUCUUUACGAAUUGGUAAUGCAAUUUAGGGAUUGUUUUGCCCUUACAUUGGAUGAGUUAGGGUGUACUACAGUCACGACUAUGGAUAUCGUAGAUACCAACGUACCUGUUAGGUGCAACCCCUACAAAGUGAAUGAAGAAGACAGACAGACCAUCAAAAAAUUAGUGGAUGAACUGAAGAUGUGCGGGUUGGUUGUUGAAACAACAAGCCUUUAUGCUUCGCCCGUGCUUUUAGUCCGAAAAAAGAACGGAGAUCCGAGAUUGGUGGUCGAUUACCGUAAGUUGAAUGCGCAGACUAUAAAAUCAAAUUAUCCAAUUCCAAGUAUGGACGAGCAGUUCCAGUAUUUGUCCGGGAAUAAAAUUUUUGCGAGCCUAGAUCUUGCAAAUGGAUACCUGCAAGUCCCUCUAACCGAAGAAGCUGCCAGGAAAACUGCAUUUAUAACUCCAGACACCACGGGGGAAUUUCGUCGAAUGAUUUUUGGACUAACCAAUGCUCCAUAUGAGUUCGUGCGACUAAUGAAUGUUGUUCUAGGGCCGCUGAAAAACAAGGUGUGCUGCUGCUAUUUGGACGACGUGAUCAUUCCCGUCAGAGAUUGGGACGAACUGUUAAAACGUACUCGGUUAGUAUUCGAAGCAUUUCGAAGCGCGGGUUUAACAUUAAAUAUAAAUAAGUGUCAGUGCAUUAACAACUGA